AUGGAUGAUUAUGCUAGGAAUUCGAAUCAGUAUGCUUUUCACUAGAUGGAAAUACUUUAGUAUCUUGUAUUUACUUUAAUUCAAUCAUAUUAUGGGAUAAUAAGACUACAAUAAAAAGCAAAAUUAGAUGGUCAUAGUGAUUAUGUUCAAUCAGUAUACUUCUUACAAGAUGGAACUACUUUAACAUCUGAUUGUUGA